CUAAAGCCACACCUUGGAGCACAGUGCCCUGUUCCCAGCGCUCGGGUGCACAGCCGGCAUGGCCUUGAGCAGCGUGCGGGUGCUGGAGUUGGCUGGGAAGUACCCUUCCUCCCUCUGCGGCAUGAUUCUCGCCGACUUCGGGGCCCAGGUGAUUCGCGUGGCCUGGGACCAAAAGGUCAUGUUUGAAUUUGUGAAUCGAGGUAAGCAGUCGCUGGCUCUAAAUCUGAACACUCCAGAGGGUGCCGUGGUCUUGGAGAAACUCUGUCUUCAGGCUGAUGUGCUGGUCGAUCCUGUCCCCGGUGGGGUGCUGGGCCCGGGGAAACUGUUGCCAGAGGACAUGCUGCAGAAGAACCCGAGACUCGUCCAUGUGAAAGUUUCCACUGAAAUGAAGUUAUCCAGUAGGUAUUCCCAAAGCAGAGGGCACGAUAUCAACUUUCUGGCUCUAUCUGGUGUGCUGUCAACAUUUGGCCGGAAACACGAGAAACCGUAUGUACCACCCAAUUUCCUGGCUUCCUCGGCCGGAGGGUUUCUUGGUGCCUUUGGGACGGUGAUGGCUCUUUUUGAACGCGCCCAGUCUGGGAGAGGACAAACAGUGGACACAAAUGUGAUAGAGAGCACAGCGUAUGCGAGUUCUGUGCUGUGGUACCUGCAGAAGAUGAACAAUCUCAACGGAGUCAAGGUAGACAUCCUCCUGGAUGGGAGCGCGCCCUUCUAUGGCACCUACCAGACCUCGGAUGGGAAGUUCAUGGCCGUGGGGGCUUUUGAAGCCCACCUCUAUGAGCUCUUUCUGAAAGGACUCGGGCUCGAUCCUUCAAAACUUCCCAAGCAGCUGAGUUGGCCGGACUGGCCCAGGCUGAAGACACUCUUUGCCGACAUCUUUGCCAAGAAGACGCAAGCCGAAUGGUGCAAGGUGUUUGGGGAACUGGACGCCUGUGUGACCCCUGUUCUGACAGCUGAGGAUAUUUCUCAACUUGCGAAGGAGGAGAGGGGCACUUCUUUUAUCACGGAUCAACAGCAGGUGAUAGCGCCCAUGCCAGUUCCCUUUUUUUCCAAAACUCCCGCUUCUGUCCCUUCCACGCGGAGUGCGGUCUUAGGAGAACACUCAGAAGAAAUUCUCAGAGGAUACGGGUUCAGCAAACAAGAAAUAGCCCGGCUCCAUGUUUCGGGCAUCAUUAAAAGCCAGAUAGGGACUAAGGACAGAGGACUGGAUAUACCACCACUGGAAGAAUCCACAUGAAUGAUGAUGAACUCCUCUAAAAGUAUCAUGUAAGUCAAUAAGAAGAUAAACAAAUAAAAACUUAACUUUCUGCAAUUUUUUCAAAAUCAUAAUUAUUUUUUAAAGUGAGGAGCAUAUGCUUAAUACUGAAACUUAACGUUUAUUUUAGCAACAGAAAUUAGUACAGUAUCGCAUCAUCAUAAAUGCUUAUCUGAGCUCCUUUUCUAUCAUGUAGAUCCGUGGUCGGCAAACUGCAGCUCGUGAGCCACAUGCGGCUCUU